ACAGCCCUAAGUAUUGUACAUGAAUAUAUUUAUGUGGAACUCUGCUGGGUUUUUUUUGCAUCUAUAUUUGUAUACAUAGUCUCAGCCAUCAACAAUGAAGUUAAAUUAUCAACUUUUCUUCAAUGUAAGGAUGUCAUUAAUCUUCCUUUAUGCACAAUAAAAUGAACAUACUGUACUUUAUGACCCUAAUUUAGGUGAGCAGAAAUGUGCUUCAAGCCCCAAAAAUAAGUACAUGUGCCAGCCAUAAACAGGAUACAUUUCUCUGGCAAACUAGUCUAUGCUAGGCGCUGUGCUGCUUUCGUACUAUCUCACUGUGAAACAGGUCAGACGAGAGAGUGAGAGCAAAACACAGAACUGCAUUUGACCUGUUCACUGGGUGUAUUACUCUCAAAUGCCUUCAAGGUGAAUUUUUUUACAUAUACGGUAAUUUAUGUUAAUGGCUGCACAACAAACCAUACAGAGCGGAUAAUGGCCGUGGUUGAAUUCAUGGGUAUGCGAUCGACUCCUUCACAAAAUACCCAGCCACAUGUAUACAUCAUCAUGACUUCUCAUCUUAUUGUAGACAUAAACCAUAAAAGGGGAAGGAAUACUGCUAAAUAGGCCGGGUCAGAAUUUCUGUGACGACAACAUUAUCAUAUCCAUUGUGAGAAUACAGCAUGUGCAACAAUAUGACUUCGGCAAUGAGUAACCAUGGAAACAAGGCAUGCUUGGCGAGGGUGCAGACUGCUGAGAAAAUUAUGAAAGUAGUGUACGUGAUUGAUGUGGAAGGAACAGAAAGCUCAGAUAUCGAUGAGCCUACUAAAAUCAUUUCCGCAGACAUCGCGGCACGGAAGACUGCCCGCGCAGAUAUCCUCAAAUCAUGCCAGUUUGCAAAAGCACAACUGGAGCAGGUGUUGUUUGAAAAGCUGGACUUUGGAGAGACGGCCGUCCUGGACCUCUUCUACAAUGCCGACGUGGUCAUCGUGGAUCUGUCAGUUAGCGUCCAGCGCUCUCCGCUCUUCUACCACCUGGGAGUGCGCGAGUCCAUGGGGAUGAAGUACAACAUCAUCCUGCUACAUGACACGGAGCCUGAACUCACGCUCUCUCUCAGGCUGUCCUGUAACAAUGGUUCUACAUUCUUGCCAUAUAAACUGGAUGGAGACGGGGUAUGUGUGGUCACAGACAGCUGCCCCCCAGGACUGAGGGCUGUCCCUGAGGCUGGGAGUGCUGAAGGGGGACCCACAUUACACGCCAAACUCCGGAAGGCCCUCAAGGAGGUUGACCAAGACAGCAGCGCCCAUGUCAAGGAACGAUUUCUCAAUGAUUUGCGGAAGGCACGGGAAAACCUGAAGGGAGAUGACUUAGGAAAGGCAUUAAAGGCAUUGCGUCACAGGCUGGACGAUCCUCAACUACUGGCUUUUGAUGUGAUUUUGAAUAUACUCAUUUCAUAUAGAGAAAUACAGGAUUACAAUGCAAUGGUUACCUUAGUGGAAGAAUUGGCAAAGAUCCCCAAUAAUAAAGUAGCAGAUCUGGUGACAAUUCAGCAUUUAUACGCCUUUGCUCUUAAUAGAAGAAACAAUGGUGGAGAUAGAGACAAAGCUUUGGCCGUGAUAUUAAGGGCUAUAGACCAGUGUGAAACCCCUGUUCCUGACAUGAUCUGCUUGUGUGGCCGCAUCUACAAGGACAAAUUUGUCGAGUCAGAAUUCCAGGACAAGGAAUCGUUGGAAAAUGCAAUUGUCAAGUAUCGUCAGGGUUUUGAUGUCCAGCCAAACGAGUAUGCAGGAAUAAAUCUCGCCACUCUUCUAGUCAUUUCUGGCAAACAAUUCUCAAAAUGCCCAGAGUUACAGAGGAUAGGAUUAAUACUAAACAAUUUAAUUGGGAAGAAAGGAAGUUUGACAUCGUUGAAGGAUUAUUGGGAUGUUGCUACCUUCUUUGAAAUCAGCGUUCUUGCCGAGGAUUAUGGGAAGGCAGUACAGGCAGCAGAGUGUAUGUUCAAAUUAGAGCCCCCAAACUGGUAUCUCAAGUCGACCAUAGGUAAUAUCACGCUUAUCAACGGAUUCCGAGUCCAAGAGGAGGAUGGGGGUGUAAUGGGAAAGGAGAAACAGCUAUUUUUGUUUUGGAUGGACUUCUUUGUGGAGGCGACAAAAACAGAUAUGUCAGAUGUCCGCUUUCCUGUGCUUGUUCUAGAACCAACAAAGGUGUUUUUACCAAGCUACGUCCAGAUCAAUGAUCACACAGAAGACAAUUGUGUAAGGUUAUGGCAUGUGAUCUCUGACCCAGAGGACAAAUUCGGCCAUGAGUGGAUGUUCCCAGGUGCCACAAUAAAGGGUGUUAGUAAGUACAAGCGUGACCACCGGGCAGUAUUUCUCUAUGUGGAGGAGAAUUCAGAUGACUUUCACAUCUUCUUCUCAUCAGAACUCCAAGCUACUAGAUUCUGUGACCUGGUAACUGAGAUGAUCUCUGCAUGCAAACAGGGUAUUGACCCAUCUGACCUGGACUUGGAGCCUAUAGGAGGGUUGCUGGAGUAUGAGUAUGACACUGAUGAGAAGGGAGGGCGUGUGGUGUUGGGUAGAGGAACCUAUGGGACAGUGUAUGCAGCUCGCUGUUUGAAGACUCAGAUCAGAGUGGCCAUCAAAGAGGUGCCAGAGAAAAAUAUACAAGAAGUUCAACCCCUCCAUGAAGAAAUCAAACUCCAUUCCCGCCUCAGCCACAAAAACAUCGUGAAGUAUUUAGGAUCUGUCAGUGAGGAUGGCUAUUUCAAGAUAUUCAUGGAGCAAGUCCCAGGAGGAAGCUUAUCUCAGUUACUUCGGUCAAAAUGGGGGCCACUGAAAGGCAAUGAAACCACAAUUGCUUACUACACCAAGCAGAUUUUGGAAGGCUUGAAAUACUUGCAUGACAACAAGAUUGUCCAUCGUGACAUUAAGGGAGAUAACGUACUAGUGAACACAUACAGCGGGGUGUUGAAGAUCUCAGACUUUGGUACAUGUAAGCGGCUGUCUGGUAUCAAUCCAAGGGCGCUUACUUUUGCAGGCACAAUACAGUACAUGGCCCCAGAGGUCAUAGAUAAGGGGUUUAGAGGGUACGGACCAGCGGCUGAUAUCUGGUCAUUGGGCUGCACUGUUGUUGAAAUGGCGUCUGGAAAGCCACCUUUCAUUGAGCUGGGUAGCCCUGAGGCAGCCAUGUUUAAGGUGGGAUACUACAAGAUCCACCCUGAGAUUCCAGACUGCAUGUCUGAGAAAGCCAAGCAGUUUAUUCUGAGGUGCUUUGAGCCGGAUUCAGAGACCAGGGCCUCAGCUAGUCUGUUACUGGAGGAUCCGUUCAUAGUCGAGUCCCUGGGAUCUAAAAAGAAGAAAAAAGACAAGAAACCACCUGAACCAGCUAACAUGUUCCUCAGAAGUACCUCAGUUCCUCAAGGCAAUGCUCAGAUGAGGCCACCAACGAAUUUGAGACUUCCUCGGAAACGGCACAUGCGACCGACCAGGCGAAUAUCGUCCCCUGAAGAUGAAGCUGAUUCUACACAAACGGAUGGAUCCAUACCUGAGCUGGACAGUCCUAUGGUUCACCCUAAAACAUGGCACAAGUCAACAACUGCUGUUCCGGCCUCUGCUAGCAUUUCAAGUGCCGGAACAGGAUCUUCCCAUUCUCCUGUUUCUACAGCUGAACUUGAUGACCAGCCGCCAACAGCCGAUAGCUUAACAGGUCGCGAAGGAGGACUUUACCUCCUCCGUAAGGAAUCUGAGAGGAGAGUUACACUGGUCCAGAUACUCUCCGACGAUAAGGAUGAUAUUUGUCAGAGAUGGCUGCAAUUUAAGAAUUCAGAUUGUCAUGGAAUUACAGAUCCAAAGCUGACUCUGGAGCAUUUAAAAAUCCUGCUAGAAGGUCUUAAAACUUUUAUCCAAGACCGUAACAAAGUGGUCAUCUCUGAGGUGCUAGCUAAAUUGAAAGAGGAACUAGAUUUUGACAUGGCAGCAAUAAUGGAGUUACAGAUGGCACUCUAUGUGUUCCAGGAAGCUGUGAACGUCUCGUUGAAACAUCACAGUAUUCAGCCUCACUGGAUGUUUGCCCUGGACACGUUGCUACGGGACACUAUACAUACAGCCAUCACCAUCCUCUCUCCAGACUUGGGACCCCACCUUGCCCCCCAGCCACCAGAUGACGACGGGAAUACAUCAGGCUUCUCCACUGACAACUCUCUCAAGUCUCAGACCAUGCUGACUCAGUAUCAGGACAGUGCUAACAAGGAACUACACACACAGAUACAGCAGCUGCGGGAUGAGAACCAGAGGUUAUUGCGAGAGCUGCUAGAGAAGGAGAAGCAGUAUGGGGAUCUGUUAAAAUACUCCAUACAGUGCAAGAACCAGCAGAUGGAACAAAUCAGGGUUUUAAGCGGGAUGAGAAUGCCCAUCACAAACAGCACAGACCCACAUCAUAUUGAAGUUUCUCCUCCCCCAGAUGAUGCCUUAACGGAGUGGCUGCAGAAUGCGGGCGUUGAUGAUGACUGUAUUGCCAAGAUAAUAAAUGAAGAUUACACCUUGUGUGACCUCCAUGACCUUGUGACAAGGGAAGAUUUACUAAGGCUGCAGUUAAGGGGUGGUGUCUUUUGUCGCUUGUGGAGAGCCAUUCUAGAUGUUCGACAGCAAAAAUUCGCGCACAAUUGUGAUAACAGAUAGCACGCAGUAUGGAGCUGUGUAGUUGACAGUGGAUUGCAUCAUUGUGUUUCAUUUAUUUCUUGUUUUCUUUUUCACUUCUUCAAAAUAUCCUGCAACUAAGAGUUACCAACAAAUUACUCAGUAGACAGGUGGGUGUUAGCAUUCUGCAGUUGUCCUUGUCAAAUUUUUAUAGCAGAAAGGCUAGGAUUUUGAAAAUGGAUGAAAUAUUAGUGUUUAAACCCAUGCAAUGUCAUUGAUAUCCAUUCUAGAUCCUGCACUUUAUAAUGCCCUCUCACUUACUAGAGUCACACAAGUCAUACAAAAUUCAGGUGAAUUUCC